AUGGUCUUGAACAAGGCUAAAGAAAAGCCCUCAGUCUCAAAAAAAUAAGUUAUUAAUUCCGCCAGAUCUCCCUAAUAAGAAAUUAGAUCUUUGCCAACUUCUACAAUCAGUGGUCCUGGAAUGACGAUGAGAUCGAAGAUUUCUAAUAAUAGUAGCAACACAUAGAUUUAAAGAGACAGAUUGAAUUUCACGCACGAUAUGACCAAGAAUAUUGACACAAGGUAGAGCGUAGCUGUUCUUUCUAAUUUUACCCCAUUCAAAUUCAAAUAAAGCGAUAUCAGUAACGCUUCUACUUAAGCAUAAAGUGUGAAUAAUAGGUUUGAAAAGUAAAUAGGUAUUUCAACUGCAGCAACUCCUGCUAUGCAUUCGAGUCUUAAGAAAAUGCAAUUCAUAUUUUGUUCAGGCAACGAUAUAGCAAAUUAAGAAAACAGACAAACUUUAAAAUCAGUAAGGGAUAAAAAUGAAUCUAGCUUCAGUCGUCAAGGCUUUACUGUUGAAGCAGCAAAACAUAUUCCUAAUAAAAAAAUGUUUGAGAACAAAAACUUAGCAAAUACCUCCCUGGGUUUUCACUCAAAUAUUUUAGGAAAUUCUUAAUAGCAGAAUUUAGACAGCUCUAUGAAUUUCCAUCCUAGAUCAAGACCAGCAACUCCAUCAAGAGACCCAAUAUUAUAAGGAGAUAUAUAGCUGAUCACUUCUGGAAAGAAAAAAGUGAAAGAUGAACAUUCAUAAAGCAGCAAGCAUAAUUCUAGGUACACUCCGCAAUUACACUUCUAUCAGGCUAAUUAAGACAUUACUCAAUAACGAGAAGAGUUCUUGCAAAAGAAAUUUCAGAGUAACGUUUUAAGUAGAUAAACUCCAGUGUCAAAUGUAAUUGAUAACAUACUUAACGAUAUUUAACCAUGGAAGAAUGAUAGUAAAAAUAUAUUUAGCAAUGUAAAGAGGAAGAGUGAUGCAUCCUGGACUAAACCAUAGAUUCAAGGUAUUAUUAGGGAAGUGGAUAGUAGAGGUAGAAAUACUUCAAGUAAAGAAGCAGAAUUUACCUUUAAAAUAACAAAUCCUACCCUAUAAAAUGACUAUAAGAAGAGAUCAUGUUCCAAAAGUAUAGAAGAAAGCUAAUCUAACUACAGACGUAUAAAAGAUUAGCAUAGAACAUCAAAUGUCUUCAAUUUAGCUUGA